GCUAGGGCUUAGGACGAUUCAAAAAGACCAAGAUUCUUCACAUUCAAAAGAAAACCAGAAGCGAGGGGAAAAGGGGAGAAGCAAACCUAGAAAAUCAGUCAUUUUUUUCCAUUCUAAUGCUUACAGAGUUCCGGGUUUUAUCCCAGUGAUUUUCCUCCUCCUCCUCCUCUUCUUGUCAUCACAUUCUUCUAACAUCAUACCAUGGAGGAGGAAAAGAUUUCGAGAUUUUCUAGUUGUCAUUUCUUUCUCCUCUUUAGCCAUGUGAGAUCCUUCUUGGAGGAGCCUCGGUUUCGGUUUCCUUAGUUGCUCUUUGUUUUGAGGAGGUUUACCUGUUGGAUAUUCCGCCGUUGUGAUUUCUUGGUGUCCCGCAAAUAGAAGGGCCUUCCGAAGCGGCUUCUGGAUAUGACAGAGAUGGAUCUGUCGCCUGAGCUGGAGAAUUAUAUUCAACAGUCGAUAGAGUGCGCCGUCGGGCUUCCUGUUUCUAAGGAUGCAUUCCGAUCGAAGCUUUUUGCGGUAGAGGAGUCUAGGAGGGUUCUUCAGGGCCAAGUUUUUGCCUUGCAGGAUCUGUUGAAUGACCGGAAUGAGAAGCUCGAACGAGCCAAGUCUGAAGCAGCUAUGAAUGCACAAGCAUUGAAAAAGUCUAUCGAGCAAAGCCAACGGCUGAAUUCAGAAGUGGCGAACUUGACUAUGCAGAUCUCAAAGCUGAACAAGGAAUGUUCUCUGUAUGACAAUGACAGAGAGGCUCUAAUGGAGUUCGGGAACGACGCUGAUGAGCGGGCAAGACAAGCAGAGGCUUGUGCUCAAGAGGCAGAGGAUAACUCGAGGCGGCUGUCUGACGAAGUAAACCAGUCGAAACAGGAAAUUGAGCUGUUGAUGGCAGACAAAACCAGGCACCUUGAGGAGCUGCAGUUGCUUAGGCAUAGGAUUGUUGACCUUGAGAAUGAAAGGGAUGAUGACAACUCAGUCUGUCCCCAGUGUUCAAACAUAAAGGAUGUAGGGCUCUACGGUAGUGCUAGUGUAGAUGAGAGUUUACUCAGGUCUUUGCUUGAAUCAACACUGGUUAAAGGGAACGCAGCAGAAGAAGGGUUGGAAGAUUUUGCUGCAAGAGGGCGCAUAUUUUUAGAGGCACAUGUUGGAGAAGAAACACAUUGGAGGUUGAUUCAACUCUGGGAGAAGUUGAAGCCCUCAAACAGAUAUGUUGUAGCAUUAGCAGCAGAAGUUGAUACUUUACGUCAAGAGAAGGAAAAUCUAAGAGUUAACCUUUACAAAGCAGAAGGCGAGGUUUCAGCGCUAUUUGAAGAAAACAAACUUCUGGAUGAGGAGAACAGGAAAUUGUUAAGACGGUGGGGCAGAGAACGAAGUCAACAAGGUUCUCCAUCCAGCCAUUCUGCAAAGAGCAAGAGAAAAGCGAGUCCAAGGAUGAGCAGUGCUUCCGAAAGAUCAACUGAUAUUGAUGGAUCUGGUUCGCCGAGGCGGCCUCUUUCGCCACUGGAAUACAAUGUCCAAGCGACCAGGUUAUGCAGCUCCAAAUGACUGAUUUAUUCGUUUUGUUCUUGUACUCCAGAACAUUGUCACAAACGUUGUCAGACUAGCAACAUUUUAUACACGAAAUUCUCGUUUCGUUCGAAGCUUAAACUUGUUGCAGUCUCCGCUGAGAAAGAGAGGGAUAGAGAGAGAGCUGAAAUCACAAGGACAG